UUCAGUGAGGCAAAAAUGAAUGAAGCCCGGCCACGUUAUGUCAUCAACCGCCCAGCCUAUUCAAUCAACUUCUUUGAUGAUGAGUUUGAGAGGAAAAGUAGAAGUUACCCCCUUGGAGAGAAAAUAAAGAACCUUUUCAGGUGUUCACCAUCCAGACUAAAACUCAUUCUGUACAGUUUAUUUCCCAUACUCGUGUGGCUUCCAAAAUACAAAAUCAAAGAUUACAUUGUGCCUGAUGUCCUUGGUGGAGUCAGUGCUGGGACUAUUCAAGUGCCUCAAGGUAUGGCUUUUGCUCUGCUGGCCAAUCUACCUCCAGUCAAUGGGCUCUACUCUUCCUUCUUCCCUUUGAUAACGUAUUUCUUGCUGGGUGGUGUUCAUCAGAUGGUCCCAGGGACUUUUGCAGUCAUCAGUAUUAUUGUGGGAAAUGUCUGCCAUGAGCUGGCUCCUGAUUCAGAAUUCCAAUACUUUAACCACACCAGCCACGAGUUUAUGACUGACAACGCAGCCAUGGAAGCAGCAAGACUGGAGAUCUCUGCCACCUUGGCUUGUCUGACAGCCAUAAUACAGAUAUGCCUGGGAUUUGUGCAGUUUGGCUUCGUCGCUAUCUACCUUUCAGAAUCCUUCAUCAGGGGUUUCAUGACAGCAGCUGGCCUACAGAUUCUCAUCUCAGUGCUCAAGUAUAUCUUUGGCCUGAAGAUUGCCUCCUACACUGGCCCCCUUGCCAUUGUCUAUACUUUUAUUGAUAUUUGCAAAAGCCUGCCGAAGACCAAUGUAGCCUCCCUGGUGUUUGCCUUGAUCAGCACUGUGCUCCUGAUUAUUGUGAAAGAGCUAAAUAUGAAAUACAUGAAGAAGAUUCGCGUCCCCAUCCCCAUGGAGAUCAUUAUAGUCAUCGUAGCUACUGCAGUUUCUGGAAGCUUCAACAUGUCUGAGAAAUAUAGCAUGCCAAUUGUUGGCCCGAUUAACAUGGGCUUUCCAGCUGCUACUCUUCCUCAGGUAGGGAAGUGGAAAGACAUGAUCGGCACAGCUUUCUCACUUGCCAUUGUGGGUUAUGUGAUCAACCUGGCCAUGGGCAGAACUCUUGGAAACAAGCACGGCUAUGAUGUGGACCCCAAUCAGGAAAUGCUGGCCCUGGGCUGCAGCAAUUUUUUUGGAUCUUUUUUCAAAAUCCAUGUGAUCUGCUGUGCUCUCUCCGUGACCCUAGCUGUGGAUGGAGCCGGAGGAAAAUCUCAGAUGGCAAGCUUAUGUGUGGCUGUGGUAGUGAUGAUAACCAUGCUGUCUUUAGGGCUCUACCUCGGCCCUCUUCCCAAGGCUGUGUUAGGUGCUCUGAUAGCUGUGAACCUGAAAAAUUCUCUCAAGCAGCUGACUGAUCCUUACUACCUCUGGAAAAAAAGCAAGUUGGAUUGUAUGGUCUGGGUGGUGAGCUUCCUGUCAGCUUUCUUCCUGGGCUUGCCCUUUGGACUUGCCGUAGGAGUGGGUUUUUCCAUCCUGGUGGUGGUUUUCCAUACCCAGUUUCGCAAUGGCUGUGUCCUUGGCCCUGUAGCCUCUUCUGAUAUCUACAAGAACCCCAAGGUCUACAACAAGGUCCAAGAAAUAGAAGGGAUUAAAAUUGUCACCUACUGCUCCCCACUCUACUUUGCUAACUCAGAGAUAUUCAGGGAGAAAGUUAUAGCCAAGACUGGUGUGGAUCCUAUAAAAGUCUACUUGGCCAGGAAAAAAUAUGUGAAGAAUCAGGAAAAGGUGGCAGCAGCAGCAGCAGCACACAAAACAAGCAAACUGAAAUCCAUCUUCCAGAAGAACAAGGCUAUGUCCCUGCAAGAGCUCCAGAAGGAUUUUGAAAGCACUUCUCCAACAGAUACCAACAACAAUCAAACAGCCGCCAAUGGUGCCAGCAUCUCCUAUGUUGCAUUCAACCUGACUGCGAAGUCUGGUAGACCAGUCAAUGCUGAGUGUGAACAGGAAAGCACAGCUAGUCAUCGGAGCAGCACCUGCAGUGUUAUCCCAGCUGUAAAUGCUGAUCCUAUAACUACAGCACCUCCUUUUGUCAACUUCCACACCAUUAUCCUGGAUAUGAGUGGAGUGUGCUUUGUGGAUCUGAUGGGUACAAAAGCACUGGGAAAGCUGUGCACUCACUAUCAGAGGAUUGGGAUUAGAGUCUUCCUGGCAAAUGUACAAGCCCAAGUGUAUGAUGACAUUCGUACAGGGGGAGUCUUUGAAGAAGGAGGCCUUGAGCCCAGUCACCUCUUUGUGACCAUCCAUGAUGCUGUUUUGUUUGCAACUAUGAAUGGCAACAGAGUCCCUCAUUGUCCUACCUUAGAAGAGAAAAAUCAAAUAGAAGUCUCCAUAUCUGAUGAAUCUCUGGAAGACAGCAGCGCUGAAUUCCAAAAUUUAGAAGAGGAGAUGUUUGGAAGCAUUUUUCAUUCAGACACGCAGACAGCACUGUGAGCGCAUAAGAAACACAGAUGUGUUGGCAUACCUUGAACUGAAUCCUUAACCAUGACAUUCCUGUUAUGAAGAAAGGACCCUGUGUCUGAAUGGCAAGGACGGUGGCUUUUGUGCAUUGUCAACAUGGGGCUUUCACAACAGAGGCCACAAUGCCUCUCGCCUGACAUCCUCUUCUCAUUCCAUUCCUCUCUGCUUAUGAAACUCAGAGCAACUGGCUCUUGAAGCAGAUGGCAUAACCAACAGAAGAAGGAACUCAGGGAAUGGCCUUUGUCCAGAAAGAGCAGAAGAGCAGCAGGACUAUUCCUACUUUUGUCUGGUCCCCAUUCUCUUCAUCUGACACUGCAAGCAAAUGUUACAUGCCAAUGUGUAUGUACACACAUACUUAGGAACUCUUUCAAGAGUAAGCACCAGCCUUGUCUUUAUGAGGAAACAUGGAGAACAUUUGAUUGAUCGCCAGACAUAGCUCUCAGGAGGUGCAGCAACUUGGGCUUGCCAGAGUUCUGAUUUUUCUAAAGUGUGCAUGGAUAUCUAUAUUCACACUAGAAUUUAACACCAGAUUCAGCUGUCCAGUCCCUCCUUGGCUUUUUAUCACUAAAAUCUAAUACAACCCUUCUUGUCUCCAUAGUCUACGUGCAUCAGUAGAUUCUGUGACUAUCAAGCAUUUUGGGGGAACAAAUGCUGUAUUUUCUGUACUACUGAGCAUCCUCACACCACUGCCUAGUAGUAGUGCUGCCUUCUCUGUUACAAAUGCCAUUUUCUUUUUCUUUUAGGAACCAUUCCGUUCAGGAAAAAAAGUUCCUAUUACUUUUCAGUAGGCACAAAAUAUGCAGAGAAGCCCUUUCGUAGUACUUUGAAGCAAGAAAAUGAAGCAUAUCUGAUGG